AGUUUCCCCUCGUCCUAGGCCCGUCUCAUCAGCACCUCACGUUCGCGAGGAUUUACGACGCCAAAUUGAGCGCAAUCGCCUUUCGAGACAUAGUGCGGAGGAAAUCGAAACCCUCCGCAAACGUUUGGCCGAACUUGAAAUGCGACAGAAGUCACAAGAAGAUUCGCCCCGACAUGUCGCGACGUCGGGAAAUGUUGUUGUUGAGGCAGAUUCCCCGUUAGCCCCUGAGCUUACUGCGGAGCCACUCCCUCAACUACGUGCGGCUUUCCGGUCACACUUUAUCGGUGCUCAGAUUUGCCUUAUUCCAAAAGAAUCUAUUACUAACAUCGUGCAAAAAGACGAUGAGACUGUCAAAGACUAUGUGGCGCGAUUUAAUGACCGGAUUCAGAAUAUGGAGCCAUGUCAUCCUGAAACUCUGUUAGUAACCGCCAUUGCUGGAUUGAGGCCCAAUUCAAUGUUUCGUUGGACCUUAUGUCAAAAUAAGCCUGCAACGUUUCAAGAGUUCCUUGUACGAGCUCAACAAUUCAUCAUUGCCGAAGAAUCCAUGUCGGUCCCCAGUUUCGACUUUUCGGUAAAAGAAAGUAAGGGUGAACCGGAUACUAAGAAGAAAAACAAAAAGAACUUUGGAAAGUCCCAAUUUCGGAACUCCUCUAGGGGGUAUGAAAAUACCCCAGAGUCCCGGGCUGCGCGAGAUCAAUAUUCGGAUAACGUCAGGACAGGUUACCACGCUGUUUAUUCUGCUGGAGCGGCUACCAUCUAUGAAGAACUGAAAGGAAAGGGGAUUAUUCCAGACCCCAGGCCAGUGAGAACUCCUGAAGAUAAGUUGGACAAAACUCGCUACUGUGCGUACCACAAAUCUCCAGGGCACAAUACCGAUGAGUGCCUCGGUCUCUUAUCGGCACUCUUACGAGAGGGCGUUCAUUAUGGAGACCAACGAGAAGCCCGGAGUCUAACGCUGCUCUCAACCACGCCUGACUUUCAUAUGAUUGAAGCACAAGAUGUUAACACCUUUGUUGAGCCAAGUGAUCCAACCCCUCGCACCAAGCAAGUUGAUCAGUCCACCUCGGAUACCGACAUGCCUCAGGUACCGACAUCUGAUACCGACAUCCCCGCGACGUCGGUCUCGUCUGAGAUAUCAACAGAAAUCCUGGGCCAGGAACAAUCUCCCUAUGAAAAAGACAUAGAGGAGCACGAAGAUAUAGACCCAAGGAUGCAGUUCAAAGACGGGAGUCAUCAUAUUCGAGCGGAGCCUGUUGAAGAUAUUGAGAUCAUUUACGUAGACGGGUCAGAACAACAGAAGUCGUUGCGUAUUGGGGCCAACCUACAGGAACCCCUUCGAUCGAGUUUGAUUCAAUUCCUCCAGUCAAACACUGAUGUAUUCGCAUGGAAACAUGAAGACAUGAAAGGGAUCGACCCACAGAAGGCAUGUCAUCGUCUCAAUUUAGACAAGACCGUCAAACCGGUUAUUCAGAAACGUCGGAAAUUUGGUCCAGAUCGUCAAAAGGCUCUUGAAGAAGAGGUGAAUAAGCUCAUUGAUAAUAAAUUUGUCAAAGAAGCCAAGUAUCCGACAUGGAUAUCGAACCCCGUUCUGGUUAAGAAAGCAACCGGCCUUUGGCGUCUCUGUAUAGAUUUCUCCGACUUGAAUCAAGCCUGCCCGAAAGAUAGCUAUCCCAUUCCACAUAUCGAUUAUAUGGUGGACGCUACGUCGGGACAUCAACUCAUGAGUUUUUUGGAUGCCUAUUCAGGCUACAAUCAGAUUCCCAUGCAUCCAGAUGAUGCUGAACAUACUUCAUUCUAUUCAGCCCGCGGCCUCUAUUGCUACGUUAUGAUGACUUUUGGAUUGAAGAAUGCAGGGGCCACGUAUCAGAGAUUGGUCAAUAAGAUGUUUGCUCGUUUAAUUGGCCAUACCAUGGAAGUCUAUGUAGACGACAUGCUGGUGAAGUCAGAGCAGGCCCCCGAUCAUAUUGCCCAUCUCUCUGAAGUCUUUGAUAUACUCCGAGAAUACUCCAUGGUACUUAACCCUAAAAAAUGUACUUUCGGAGUUGGGUCAGGGAAGUUUCUAGGGUACAUGGUGAGCCAAAGAGGAAUCGAAGCCAAUCCUACUAAGAUUCAAGCUAUACUUGACCUAGCUCCCCCGACAUCUCUCAAAGCCGUCCAAGCCUUAACUGGUCGGCUGGCGGCCCUUAAUCGAUUCAUUUCGAAAUCCACGGACCAUUGUAAACCAUUCUUUGACGCCAUCAAGAAGACGAAGCCGUUUGAGUGGACCACGGAAUGUCAAAAUGCUUUUGACAACAUUAAACAGGUUCUCUCGCAGUUACCAACGUUGCAAAAGCCACUUCCCGACGAGCCCCUCUAUUUGUAUCUCGGUGUAAGUGAUGUUGCCGUUAGUGCUGUCCUUAUACGUCAAGACGGACUUCAGCAGUUUCCAGUAUACUAUGUUAGCAAGGCCUUGCAUGACGCGGAGUUGCGAUACCCGCAUAUGGAGAAGCUCGCCUACGCUCUGAUCACUGCUGCACGAAAGUUGCGCCCAUAUUUUUUGGAGCACUCAAUUGUUGUGUUCACGGCAUAUCCCCUCCGACAAAUCCUUCAUCGACCUGACACGUCGGGGAGAAUGAUCAAAUGGGCGAUUGAGUUGGGACAGUUCGAUAUACAAUACCGGCCACGAACCGCUAUCAAGGCCCAA